UCGAGUCUCUGUUGACCACCUCCUUUCCAGCUGACUACAUUCUUCAGGCACCCUCAUGAGCUUCUUCCUGACCAUUGUUUCCCUACCUGCUUGAGAUGGUUAGAACGAGCGCUGCAAGUGACACAUAACUGCUCCUGAUACAUACUCAUAUAUAACCCUCCUAGUGUACCAAAAUUACAAAUACUGUUGUUGUCCAUUAUCAGCGCAUAGAUAGCUUUCUUGCAAUCGUUUUCAUUUAAAUAUCAGUUGAUCGAUAGCCUCCCAUCCUUUACUUUUGUUUGACUUCCUAUCAACCAAUCCUUGUAUAAUCGGCCUAGCUCUUAUCAGCUCUAAAUCUCAAACAAGCCUCUUUUACUUGAAUCGGUCUUGACAACCAAUAUGACCGGAUCAAUCAGUGCAGGACAAAAAUCGGCAAGUUUGAUAGCGAUCGAAAAAAAGCUUCAAGAGGUCGAAGCCAGAAUAGCUGCCGAUAGGAAACGAAGGGAAGCAGAAUUGAAGGCAGCCGUCGAUCAAGCUCGACGUGAUGCUGAAGCCAUUAAGCAGAUGAAAUCACGACAAAAACCCCUACAUUCCUCUACUCCAAAUACUCCAAAUCCACCCAAGCCGCUUCCCUCUCCCUCGAUCCCAAAUUCUACCGGUCCUGCUCGUGGUAAUAAAGAGCUUCCAGAAGCAGCUCUGUUCUUACUGAGGGACCUUUGGUCUCAUCUUGGCUAUAAUGGCGACUCGUUUGUAGAGAUGCAAAUGGAAAUCAGUCGUGAAUUGGAUCGUGCCGACUUCUCUAGGUUCGAGCGAGAGAUGCUCUGCAACGAAGUGAUUGGUGCCCGUGCCGAGAUCAACAUGCUAAGAGACGAGCGAACCCAGCUUUUGAAGAGACUCGAUUUGAAUCGCGAGAACAUCACCCAAUUGAUGGAGACUGAGGAGCGAACAUACAAAACUCUAAUGGCGGAACGUGCUACGACCGAAGGUAUGAUCCGAGCACUCGAGAACGAAAUUAGAGAGCUGAAGACAGAACAGCAUGGAGCUCAAGAACAAAUCGCAUCAUUAACCAACGACCUGGAGCGAGCUGAGAAAGCUAGAGUAGCGGCAGUACUUUACGCCAAAGGGGCUGAGGAUCGAGCCUCUGCGGCCAAUGCUACUGCCUUGGCGGCAGUCGAAGUGGCCAAUCGACAGAAGCAGGCGGCAUCGACACCUCCAGCUCCACCGGCCAACCCUACGAUCCCGUUUUGGCCCGCAGCGGAUGAUGAAGCAUUGAAGAACAAGUUGAAAGAGCGAAUUCUGGCGGUCGAGGAAGAGAAAUUAGCUUCUCAAUUGGCCUCAGUCAAAGGCGAAAGAGAGAAAUUGUCCGGCGCGAGCCCUAGAGCUACCGACUCAAAUGGCCAGCCCAAGAAUUCCAACAACCGAAACGACGGACCCAAUAAUCAACAAGGAAACCACCAAAACUCUGACAAUAACAACAAGAACAAAGAUGGCGGUAAUAACGGCAAGAAUCAAGACGGUAAUAAUAACAAGAACAAGAACAACAUGAAUAAUAACAAUAACAAUAGCAACAACAACAACAACAACAACAAUAAAAAUAAAAACAACAAUAAUAAAAGUAAUAAUGAUAAUGACGGCAACAAACACAGUUCUAAUAACAACAACAACAACACCGAACCAAACAACAAGCAAAACAGCAACAACAACAACAACAACAACAACAACAACAACAACAACAACAACAACAACAGUAGCUGGCUUUAUCAAGCCAGAAAAAGUAGCAUCAUGGAUCUUUUCUGACGUGAUGAUUGCCUUCUCCCCUUGAUUCUUUCCUCAUGCCUUGUCUGAUUGUGAACUACAUCAAUGAAACACUAAAGAUAGCUUCAUAUAUAUAUAUAUAUACAUCGAAAUAGAAAAUAGUAUGAGCAUGUAUCAUGACUGUCUCAAAAAUACCCCAGCCUCCCUCCCCAAUAUCCCUAUGAACACUUCUCCUCAUCUCAACUCCUUGUUCUCCUUAAAUUAGAUAAGCCUUGCUGAAUAUACGACUAAAGAAAGAUGUAUCUUGUUUUUUUUUCUUGUUUUCUUGUUUUCCAAUCACAAGUCUUUCCUGUUUCUUGGAAUGUUAUGCUUCCCAGUAAUACAACAGGAGGAAGUUUUGCAUCUCU